AGUUGACUGUUGAGGGAGCGGCCGGGAGGACAGGAGCGUGCGACCUGACAAAGAAUCGUCCGCAAUGGAAGCAGUUAAGGACGUGACGGAGACAGUGACUGUGGACCUGGGUGCUCUCCUGGACGCCGGGGACGACGCCAUGGUGAUACUCGAGGCAGGUGACACUCGGCUGGUGGUGCACAGGGCCGUCCUGGUGGACAGGAGCCCAGUGUUGGCAGCCAUGUUCGCCCACGACACCCUCGAGAGGAGCACCGGCGUGGUGAGGGUUGCCGACGUGGAGGGCCCGGUGCUGAGGCAGCUGGUCUCCUACCUGUACACCCUGCGGGCCCCCCAGCUGCCCGGCACGGCCCCCCAGCUGCUGGCCGCAGCGGAUAAGUACGGGGCGUCAGGGCUGAAGGCGGAGUGCGAGCGGCAGGUGGCCGCUCAGCUGACUGUCGAGACCGCGGCGGCCGCAGCCGUCCUCGCGACCCGCCAUCGAAUUUCUUAAGCGCACCAGUCGUUACGGAGCUGAGUACCACAACCAGAACCACCACCACCUCCGCCGCUGCCGCCACCUCUGCCAGCGCACCUC